AUGCCGGUCAUAAAUGUAGAGGACUUGACAGACAAGGACAAAGCUGUAAUGGAAGUAACCCAACUUAAAAAUGAAGUGAAACUUGAGAGGUGGUUGACAUCUAAAUGCUGUGAGGAGAUCAAGGAAUACAUUCAAGCAGGCGUGGAGGAGGACACCCUUGUCAAAGGCAUUUCAGAGGAGAAGAACCCCUUCAAGGAGAAAGGUGGAUGUCACUUUGCAUUGAGGGAGUCUCUCAGAAAGAUCAUCGACCAGGAGAUCAACCCAUAUGUGGAUCAGUGGGAAGCAGAAGGGAAGUUUCCAGCCCACAAAAUCUUCAAGAUCUUAGGAACCGCUGGGUUUCUAGGGGUCAACAAACCAGUGGAGUAUGGAGGCUUGGGCCUUGACUACACUUACAAUGUGGCAGUGGCAGAGGAGCUGGGCAACAUCCGAUGUGGAGGCAUCCCCAUGGCUAUCGGUGUACAGUCUGACAUGGCAACUCCUGCACUGGCCAGGUUUGGUUCACAUGAGCUAAAGGAAGAGUUCCUCCUUCCCUCCAUCAUGGGGGACAAAGUGGCCUGCCUCGGCGUCAGUGAAGUCGGUGCUGGUUCUGAUGUGUCGAGUAUUAAGACCAAGGCAGUGAGGAAGGGGGAUGAAUAUGUGAUCAAUGGUGGAAAGAUGUGGACCACCACCGGCACACAGGCUGACUGGAUGUGUCUCCUGGCAAACACCAGCGAUGGGCCGCCACACAGGAACAAAUCUCUCAUCUGUUUGCCCAUGAACCUGCCAGGAGUACACAUCGCCCGCAAGAUUGAUAAACUGGGUAUGCGGUCAUCAGAUACAGCAGAAGUGUUCUUCGACGACGUCCGAGUUCCCUGCAAAAACGUGAUUGGCCAAGAGGGCAUGGGCUUCACCUAUCAGAUGAUUCAGUUCCAGGAAGAGAGGCUCUGGGCAGCGGCCAGUGUCCUGACAACGAUGGACAACAUCGUUCAGGAGACCGUCCAGUACACGCGACAGAGGAAGAUCUUCAAGCUGCCGGUCCUCUACCAUCAGGCAGUUCACUUCAGGCUGGCGGAGCUGCAGACGGAGGUGGAGCUGCUCCGUUCCCUCAUAUACCGUGCUACAGCACUUUAUAUCAAAGGGAACGACGUCACCAAGCUGGCAUCCAUGGCUAAGUUAAAAGCGGGCCGUCUGGCCAGGGAGUUGUCCGACAGCUGCCUCCAGUACUGGGGAGGGAUGGGCUUCACCAGUGACGUCCUGGUCAGCAGAGUUUACAGGGAUUUCAGGUUAUUGUCUAUCGGAGGAGGGGCUGAUGAGGUCAUGCUGUCAAUCAUCUGCAAGUACAUGGACACACUCCCCAAGAACUGAUGUAAUGGGUGCCCCCUACCCUGAGACUGAUGCCACAACACUUAACUCUAACACCGAAGUGCAGUUCAGCCGUCCUAUUGAAGCAGUAAAAAGACAAAAACAAUUAAGCUAUUUAAUCAUUUUGUCUUUGUUUUGACAAUGCUGUAUGUGAUCAUAAAGAAAUCCUUUGCUAAUUGCUAUUUGCUAAAAUAUAUAGCAGACAUCUGAUUUUUUUCUGACCUCAAAAAUGUGAGAUCUAGUCACGGAAAAAAUUAUUAGACCAUCAAAAGUCAUCAAAAACAGUGGUUAUGCAAUCAAGUACUAACUCUUGUGUGUAUCAUGUGACUAAAACAGAC